AUGAUUGAGGACUUUUGUCAGAGUGGAGUGGUGGAGGAGAUGAAAGAAAAGGCAGUCCGUGGAGUAGAGGGUCAAGAACUGGUUUAUCCUAAAAGGCUUCCUGUGAUACAGAAGCGAGAUGUUUGGCACACUCAUGAUUAUGACCUACAGGAAACUUAUGACAACGAAUUGUUAUAUGAAAUAAGUCUAAGUAAAAAAACCUUCAUACUUCACCUUGUAAGAUCAAGGGAGUUCCUGGCCUUGAAUUAUAGUGAAACGUACUACUCCAUAAACGGAGAGGAAGUCACCAGCCAUCCUCAGGUUAAGGAUCACUGUUUUUACCAAGGAUCCAUUAUACAUGAAUAUGAUUCUGCUGCCAGUAUCAGCACAUGUAACGGUCUCAGGGGAUUCUUCAGGGUAUAUAACCAAAGGUACCUCAUUGAACCAGUGAAAUAUUCAGAUGAGGGAGAACAUUUAGUAUUCAACUAUAACCCAAAAAUGCAGUAUCCUACCAAUUAUUCUUGUACAGAGCUUAAUUUUAAAAGGACAACUGCUCCAAACAAUAAUUCUAAAUUGAUGGAAGGCUCCAACAUGGAAGUCACCCAUAUAGAAAACUAUGUUGAACUGUUUGUUGUUGCUGAUGGUAACGUGUAUCGCAGGAAUAAUUAUCCUCACAAUAAACUGAGAAACCGAAUUUGGGGAAUGGUCAAUUUUGUCAACAUGAUUUAUAAAACUCUUGACAUUCAUGUUACAUUGGUUGGCCUUGAGAUGUGGACAAGUGGAGAUAAAAUAAAAAUUGAUUCCAAUAUGGAAACAACUUUAUCGCGUUUUUCAGCUUGGCAACAGGCAGUGCUUAAAAAAAAGAAGAAUUAUGAUCAUGUUUUGUUACUCAGUGGGAAGUGGCUUUAUACCAAUGCACAAGGAAUUUCUUAUCCAGGGGGUAUGUGCCUGCCCUAUUAUUCCUGCAGUGUCGUCAAGGAUCUUUUACCUGACCUUAAUGUGAUUGCAAGCCGAAUGGCCCAUCAGCUGGGGCAUAACCUUGGGAUGCAGCAUGACGAUUACCCAUGUACCUGCACGCUGGGAACAUGUGUGAUGGAUAAAGGUGGAAGCAUUCCUGCACUAAAAUUCAGUAAAUGCAACAGAAUACAGUAUGAGAAAUUCCUGAAAGAUUAUGAGCCAGCAUGCAUGUUUAAUGUUCCAUUUAUUGAUAACUCAAAUGAUUCUCCAUCUUGUGGAAACAAGAACUUGGAUGAGGGAGAAGAAUGUGAUUGUGGCCCUGCUCAGGAGUGCACUAAUCCUUGCUGUGAUGCCAACAAGUGUCUGUUGAAGCCAGGAUUUACUUGUGCAGAAGGAGAAUGCUGUGAAUCUUGUCAAAUGAAAAAAGCAGGGUCCUUAUGCAGACCAGCAAAAGAUGAAUGUGAUUUUCCUGAAGCGUGUACGGGCCACUCCUCUGCGUGUCCGCAGGACCAAUUCCAAGCCAAUGGAACUCCUUGCAAGAAUGCAAAAGGCUACUGCUUCCUGGGGAGAUGUCCCACCCGGGACGACCAGUGCUCCGAAUUGUUUGAUCAUGAAGCAAAAGGAAGUCCUGAUAUCUGCUACAUCAUGAAUAAAAAGGGAGAUAAAUUCGGAUACUGCAAAAGCAAGAAAAGCAAAUUAAUUCCCUGUGAAGACAAAGACAUCAAAUGUGGAAAGAUAUACUGCACCGGAGGACAGCACUCAUCUUUCCUUGGAGAAGAAAAGAUCUAUCAUAUGAAGGUUCCAAAGAAGAAUGUCACCACUGACUGCAAAACCUUUUAUUUAUACCACAAUCCUAGAGACGUGGGCCUGGUUGCUCCUGGAACAAAAUGCGGAGAUGGAAUGGUGGAUGGCAGUGAGCUCCAGUGCCAAUGUGAGGAAGAAGAGAUAAUUGUGGAAUGGGAAGAAUCCUUAAAUGUUACCAAUAUCUCCAUCCUGGUUGUAGUCCUUGUCCUGGGUAUCAUCGGUAUUGGGGGAAUCGCAUUUUUAAUUCGCUACCUAAACUGUAUUAAAUUGAAGCAAGUUCAGAGCCCACCUCAAGAUAGACUGGGAGUGGAGAAUAAAGGAUACUUUGGUGAUGAGCUGCAAACCAGGACUGAGCCAAUCUUACCUGAUAUUCAUCCCCUACAUAAACCUGCAAGUAGAGAGUUAAGAGGACUUGAAGAUUCCAAUCCACAUGCCAAAAUGCUCUUGGCCUAUCAUGUGAAAAUUCAGCUUCGUGCCAAUUUCGAUGGCACCAAAGAAGUCCAUGAGGAAACUGGCUGGCACCCUUACAUAGAGUCAAGAAUUGUUCCUACUUCACCAAGCUCAGAGUCUGUUCUAUUUGUAGUUAUUCACAUUCAGUUGUCAAUUGACCUGCAGUUUUGCACUAAUGUCAAUCAUCAGUUUCUAGACCACAGGCUGGGCUUCGGUCUCUGGUUCCUGAAGGGCACCCCAGGUCCUAAUGGCAUUGGAAAUUGGAGCUAA